GUGCUCCCCCCCUAUUCCCCACACCCCUCCCAGGUAUUUGGCCACCCGCCCUGAACAGCACUUGCAACAGACAUGUCUGACGCUGCUACUACUGUCAUCGACAUUGGCCGGGCCUACCUGGUCGGCUCGCUCCUUGAAGCCAUCCUCUAUGGCAUGCUCUGCAACCUCCUCGCCCAUGCCCUCCAUGCCCUGACAGUAAGGCGGUCAACGCCCAAUGUCAACUAUAUUAUGAUCGGCUCUGCCCUCAUAAUGUGGGCAGGAUGUACGAUUCACAUAGGAAUUGCUAUACGGCGAUGCGUACAGGCUUUCGUUGACAACGGCGGCGCACCCGGUGGCUCGGACAUGUUCCUGAUGAUGGAGAACGCCCCGCUAUGGCUGGCCAGCGAGGGCUCUUUCAUUUGCGUCAACGCUGCUGCAGAUCUUCUUCUCGCAUACCGCUGCUACCUCAUCUGGGACCGCAACUUCUGGAUCGUGAUUCCUGCCCUUUUCUCCAUCACCGGCUCCGUCGUCGCCGCCAUCAUCGCGCUCGUUAAGAUGGCUGAGCUACAGCUACCUCAGACGAUCGGCCUCGAGUUCAUCCUCCAGUGCGGUAGUGCGCUCUUCAGCAUGUCCUUGAUCACCAACGUCACGACCACCGCGCUCAUCACCUUCCGUAUCUUCUGGCUGAUGCACACCUCCCUCGCUGGUUUGCCUGAAUCCAACAGCAGGAAAUACGUCUCCGUGGUCGAAGUGGUCGUCGAGUCUGGUGCGCUCAUGGCCAUCACCCAGGCGGUCUUCCUCGGCCUCUGGCAGACGCAGAACAACGUCCUCUGGGCCUUGUACGGCAUGCUCGCGCAGAUUAUGGCCAUCUCUCCCAUGCUCAUCAUCGUCCGCUCCGCAACGAAGCGGGAGCAACGCGAUCGGGAACAGCAGAUGCUCACCUCGGUCUUUGGUGGGAAGAAGUCGCCCGUGUUUAGCUUCAGCCGCAAGUCCCGCGCACGCACGCCCGCAGAGCCGCCGCACAUCCUCACUCAUAUCGAGACCCACCGGGAUAUGAUCGAUGGCCGCUCGAUCGAGGAGUACGGCAGUAAGAAGGGGUCUGAGUACUCGGUGGACGGCGAGUGGCAAGCAUAAGCCGAUCCGAUCCGCUCAUCGUCGUACCUCCCUUGUCUUCCCACCCGCCGGGCUCUCGACGAGCACUGCUCCGCGGUCGAUCUGUGCGCAUACGCGCGCACUUGUGACAGUAUAAUCUCCCUCGCUCUAGCGGGUUCUCUCGACUCUCCGCUCACGGCUACGCAUACCGCAUUCGUUAAUACCGCUGCCUCUGCUGUUGAUUUCUCUUGCCUGACUUCCUCUGUUGUUUUGUUGGCUUCGCAAUUCUUUGUUAUCAUUCAAGCAAGUAAGUAGCAAUUAGGACUAGGACUGGUGGACGCCGGGUUGGGUUGGUUAGGCUUGGGGGGGCGAGCCCGGUGUAUGUAGAAAAGGCAGACAGAUGUCUGCAGGAUUCGAAUGGCAUUUGGUUCAUG